AAAACCCUUUUCUUUCAGAAUUGAUCAUUGUGAAUUUUUAUGGGAAUAAUGUUGAGGAAGUGAUUCAUCACAUACCAUUUGUUGCCUGUGAGGCAAGGAAAUACCUGUGCUGUUAAACAGGCAAGGAGAAGUUAGCAGAUUUCUUUGCAAGGACACAGUCAAACAAAAGCCACCAAAUCAAGUCCAUGUUAUUUCUUUAUGUAGAUAAGAGUUCCUUUGCAGUAAUGUUUGGGGUUUUUUUAUGUAGAUAUUUUAAAGCAAGUACACAACAGUAUCACAAAGCUUUAAGUAGCAUCAAAUCACGUGCUUAGAUUGCUGUAGCCUUCCUAGAUUAAAUGGGGGAAAUGUGAGUAUCCAUUGCAGUAAUCGGAAAAUUGAUCGGAAACUUGCUACUCGGUACGCUAUCCUUCAGUAUUCUGUAAUUAUCCAUAUGUGUAUAUAAUUAAUACUUGAGAGUCAGGCAGGUGCUUUGAGAGUGUCAUCUCCUUUUAUUGAUGUUGCAUCUCUGAUCUGGAGUGUCAUGAGUUAACACAGUCCAGGCUGUGAUGGUGGUAGUCUAUUUUUUCGUGUCUGGACUCAUGUUCUAAGCAGUGAGCACAAGCCAAAUACAUCUCAUUCUAGUGGCGGGAGGACUGGGCUGUCCCUAUCAGAAGGUCAGAAACCUGCUUUUUUACAGGAUUACUGUUGUUCUGAUGGUUUUAAACCACAGAUAUUACCCUCUGGAGUGAUUUACUAAGGAAUUUCCAGCAAAAUGAAAUUGUAGAAAAACAACCAAAAUAUUUCUCUCAUUCACUGUUGCUGACUAAAUGCUAAAUUGAGUAUUUGGCCCACAUAUUUUUGAUGUGCAUAAAUAUUGCAUUUGACUAUUUACAGUGGUGUACAUUGUGGGACAGAUACAUUUUCACAAGAUUAAAUUCACUGGUGACAUAUAUUCUUACUUAUGCCAGGAUUCUGUCUUUGACAUAUCUUUCAUAAACAGUUCCAAAAUGGUCUUGCCACUCGAAUAUUGUGAGCACUACUGUGCACCAUGCAGAAUUUGCAGUAGUGUGGUUCUUGUAACUUUUUGUUUUUAUCCAGACAAACUGGUCUUAACAUUAAAAUUUAUUAAGAAAAAGCCUUUUUGCUGCUUCUUAUUACUGUUGUUUUAUGAUUCAUGACAGAAACAAACUCCAUGGGGCCAGUCAUGUAAUGUGAUCUCUGAACUAUUUUAUGUAGCUUAUAUUAUCUGUAUUUGCUCUUUGUUAUGGAGAACUGGUUUCAAAUGAAACUGUGAUGCUUGCUUUUGCGGUGCUUUACAGAUCCCAGGUGAAGUGAAGUUUGUUUCUGAAACUGUCCGUUGUGAACUUCCAAAGAAAAUCUCAUCUCCUUAUUUUUUCAUGUAUUUUGGGAAAGAAGAUGGAGGUUGUAUAGAACAAGAAUUAAAUAACACUGCUUUUUUAUUGGUUUAAGUUUUAAUAGUUUUCCUUACUGUGCUUUGUAUACUUCUCUGGCAUAGAAACUUGAUAGUAAGCAUGUAAGAUCACAGGCUUCACUAAGACAGCUAGACAAUCUCUAUACCAGUGACUUCCAUGUGCUACAGUCAGCAUGCAGUGGUCUCAUAUUACUCUUCAAGUGGGAAAAGUUCUGUGUGCUUUCAGUACAAUUUGUGUUGACCUUGGUUCUUGAAUGGAGGAGUUGACAAUGGGUACUGGCUUAAUUGUAUCCCUGCUGUGGUGCUGAGUAUCACUGUUAUUAGUGCUACAGACCUUCGUGCAACAACUGUUAGAUGGCUCUGUAGUUCUUUUGUGUACUGAAAGAAGUUAAUUGCAGCAUGGCUUUGACUAUUUUUACACAGAUUGUUUUAUAUUGAUUAUAAAAGUAGUUAGAACUCUGCAUCCUUUCUCUGACUCCCCCUUCUUCGGUGGGUGAAGCUCGAGUUACUUGUUUUAAUUUCUGAGGUCCCUCUAGAAGUUGUAACUAUUUUCUGUCAGUAACUUCCUCAGUAAGAUGCCAAUUCCAACACCAAUAACAGUAUUCACAUCACUUUUCAGCUGAGUGCAUUAAUUCUUUCCUUGCUUUCCGCUAGGCUUGAGCAAAGAUCUUCAUAAAAAAUCUACACAGCAGCCCCACUGUUCUUCGGAGAACUCUGUAAACAGCCCUUUACCUUACAAAGCAUGAGUGACGGGUUUGUGGAUUCCACUGCCUGGCAUGCUGAUCAGUGUCAUUUUGUUUCCUGGUAUUCCACUGUCCAUCCGUUUGUUUAUAGCUAGACUGGAAAUUGUGGCAGGGUCAGCGUUCUUGCUCUUCUAGCCUUGUGAGUGGGCACCAUACAGAGUAAUUUCUUGGCAGAAAUGGAUACAAAUAAUAAAAACAUUAAACAAGGAACUGACUCUUGGUAAUAAUGAAGUCCAAGAUGCAAAAAAAGGAAACUGUCUUCUGAAACAGAUAAGGAAACAACUUCCAGAAACCAUAACGGAUUUGUUGACCUGCCUGCCACAUUACCUGUGUAAUCCUGACUUUCUUUCAACAACCCCGCAUUAACCUGCCUGUAGUUAGCAACUGUUGUCACACCACCAGCCCCUGGAGCUGAAGUUGAAGCCUCCUCCCUCACCUACCUGCUGAUCUUAGUUUUACUCACCAGCUGUCUCAGAGGUCUUUGUAACUGAACUAAACAGGCCAUGCCUCCUCCGGAAACCAUAUUUUGUGCUCAGCAGAUCAAGAUACCCCCUGAGCUACCUGAUAUUCUGAAGCAGUUCACUAAAGCUGCUAUUAGGACUCAACCUCAUGAUGUUUUGCAGUGGGCAGCUGCGUAUUUUUCAGCACUGUCAAAAGGCGAAACACUUCCUGUGAAGGAGAGAAUUGAAAUGCCUUUAGCAGCAGAGAAAAUGGAUGCUGGUUUGACCCCAGGACUCCUUAAAAUCUUGCAUAAACAGCUUUCUCCCAAAGGCACAGUGACUGUUGCAGAACUGAAGGAAAAAUGGAAGCACUUGUGCUUGCCAGAGGAGCAGCUGGAUGCUAUCCUUCAGUUGGACAACUUUGGCGAAGAGGUGAAAUGGAUGGACAUUCUGGCACUUGGGUGCAGCGUGCUUGGCAAGUCAAUACUGAGUUCAAUGAAACAUGCCUGUGAAAUCUUAACAGAGGAUCCAGAAGGAGGAGCGGCUCGCAUUCCUUUUGAGACAUUCUCUUACCUCUACUUUUAUUUGGCCAGUGUCGAUGGAGACAUACCAAAGGAGGAAACUGAAACAUUCCUCCACAAAAUGAAAGAACAAGCUGACAAACAAGCUGGCAUGGUGCUGCUCAGAAACUUUCUGCCUCCACUCUCAACACCAUUUUGACCAAGCCUAUUCUUAAGCAUCAGAUAAGGGGGGGAAAAAAAAGGAAUAAAUAUGUGCAAGAAAAUAAUUAGUGUUAUAAGGACCAUUAUUUGCACCUACAGCACAAGAAGAUCUUCUCUGGCACUUCCUUUUGUUGAAAUGGCCCUUCAGCUGAAGUUAAUUGAAUAUG